UAACUGACAAACUGAUUACGUUGAUGUGCGAGCUGGUGCUGAGGCUUGGUGCAACAUUCUGGCAUUCUGGUUUAUUCAAUUCUUCGUUAAGUUUAGUUUGCGCUCUUCAGUUAGCGUGCGAUAUCGUUGUUUUCUUGCACUCACAACAUAAUGACGACGCCAUUUGAAAAGCCACAAAUCAUAUCGCACAUUCAGAAAAGUUUGAAUUACACUGUAUUUGACAGCAAAUGGAUCCCAUGCAGUGCAAAGUUUGUAUGUUUGGGAAACUUCGCCAGAGGAACCGGAGUGAUGCAGAUUUAUGAGGUUCAACAUGGAGAAGUACAGCUUGUUAAGGAGAUUGAAAAGGCGAAGCCUCUAAAAUGCGGGACAUUUGGUGCCACUUCUCUGCAGCAAAGGCAUAUGGCCACUGGGGACUUUGACGGGAACCUCAAUGUUUGGAAUCUUGAGGUUCCAGAUGUUCCAGUGUACUCGGUGAAGGCGCACAAGGAGAUUGUGAACAGCAUUGAUGGUGUAGGAGGCCUGGGCAUCGGUGACGGGGCCCCUGAAAUUGUCACUGGAAGCAGAGAUGGGACAGUAAAGGUGUGGGACCCUAGGCAGAAAGACACACCUGUUGCAAAUAUGGAACCAGUAGAGGGAGAAACUAAGAGAGACUGCUGGACAGUCGCAUUUGGUCAUGCUUUUAAUGACCAGGAUCGCUGUGUCUGUGCUGGAUAUGACAAUGGGGACAUCAAGCUGUUUGACCUCAGAAACAUGUCUCUUCGAUGGGAAAAGAACAUCCAAAAUGGGGUAUGCUGUGUAGAGUUUGACAGGAAAGACAUCAGCAUGAACAAACUGGUGGCAACGUCACUCGAGGGGAAGUUUCAUGUCUUCGACAUGAGGACCCAGCACCCCACUAAAGGUUUUGCGUCAGUUUCCGAAAAGGCCCAUAAGUCUACAAUUUGGCAGGCACGACAUUUGCCACAGAACAGAGAUGUCUUCAUGACAGCUGGAGGAGCAGGCAACCUGCACUUAUGGAAAUAUGAGUACCCGGCUCAGAGGAGCAAGAAGGACGCAGAUGACGUGGACAUGGGCGUGGCCGGGACGGUGAACCUCCUGCAGAACGUGACCCUGUCCACGCAGCCCAUCGGCAGCCUGGACUGGAGCCCUGACAAGCAGGGCCUGUGCGUCUGCACUGCCUUCGACCAGACCGUGCGCGUGCUCAUCGUGACCAAACUCAACCGGCUGUGAGCGGGGCGGUGCUUCUGGGGCCCGCUCUCACACUCUGAGCUACAGAAGAGUCGUGUGUGAACACGGCUCUGUCAACACUCUAAUUAUUCAUCCAGUGCUUUAAUAGACAAACAAAAAUACAAUAUGUUGGAUUAAAAAUUAUUUUUUAUUAAUUUUUUUAAUCCGUUAAACGCCUCAAGGAAAACAUGAUCAAAGGAAAUGAGGGUUUCAGCACCCCAUGGAACCAUUUGGGCUUGCUACUCUUGAUACAAGCACCAGAACAUCUCAUUUUCAUCUCAGUAACACGUGGCAGGUAAUGCUAGUCAAGUGAGAUAUUUGUAACAAAUGCAAUGCUAAACUGUAUCCCAAUAAUUCUUUCUCAUGUAUGUAUGUAUGUAGUCUUCAAUUUAUGUUUUAUUUAUGAUAAAAUGAACCUUUCAAAAUAAAGACAUGAUUAAUUAUA